GGAAACUGAAAAACAUUUUAUGUUGGAAUGUGAAGCACUUAAAGACAACAUGGAUAAGUUUAUCAAUAUCUUCGCUGAUAACACAUGGUAUAAUUUAUUCAGCAAGGAACAUAUAGAGAAGCUGGGCGCACUCAUCAUCGACUUGCAUAGGCGGAGAUCUGCUCUUCAGAAAUUGGUUCAGAUUGGAAAGGUUGUCCCAUAAACUAUUCUUGACCUCGUAGACGUUAAAAUUCAUUCAUUCAUUCUUUCUUUCUUUCUCCGCUGAGAAAGUGUACUAUCAUAGAGGAGGGGGUUGGGGUCGCCGCAAUAGAAUCAAACUGUGCACAAGGUUAGAUGCAAAUUCUUCUUCCAUACGUUCUUUCUAGUUUUCUGUUAUCCAAGAGUGCAGAUCACAUAACUUCAGCUAAAUAUUCGUGAAUCUGCAAAUAAGUGUGUUUCUAUACCGAGAGUUCCAUCACUCUAAACACUCUGUAAACCCAAAAACAGGCAGCCUGAUAUAGAUGGAAUGUAAAACAAAAUUUAAUUAACGAGGCGAUGUCACUGUGGUAGAGUGAAUAACACUGCACUUUUUCCACAAACAUGAAAUGCCAUUGCCAUCCCCUACUCAUUUCAAUCUCACAGCGUUAUGCUGAAGAAGGCGCUGCAACUUAUGCUUUACACACACAAUACCCCGGAAGACUACUUUACAUAUUUUCAAUUACUGCAGACCUGCAUUCUCAAGAAUGUGCUUUCCCAAGGGAAAAGAAUUCCACUCUUUCAUUGCUCACAGGCGAUUUGCAUUCACUACACGCACAGAUUUUCAUAAUAAGCUCAUUUAUAUGUAUUUUAAGUGCCGAAGUUUGGAGGAUGCUCGAAAAGUCUUUGAUCGCAUGGAAGAACAAAACAGCGUCUCAUGGAAUACAAUUAUUGCGGCGAGCAGAAGACAUGGGUUUCCUCACGAGGCAGUCUCACUGUUUCACCAAAUGCAACAAACAGGCAUUCAACCCGAUCAGUUCACAUUUGCCAGCGUAGUCCCGGCCUGUGCCAAAAUGGGAAUAGUGGAACAGGGUAUGAACAUCCAUCAAAGCAUAAUGGAAGGGGGAUUUUUAUCAGAUAUUGUAAUUGGAAAUGCUCUGGUAGACAUGUAUGCAAAGUUUGGAAGCAUAGACAAGGCCCGUCAACUGUUUGAUAGGAUGCCUGAAAGAGAUGUGUUCUCAUGGACUGCAAUGAUUUCAGGAUAUGCACAUAAUGGAUUUGCUGAAAAAGCUUUAGAGACUUUCAUGCAAAUGCAAUUGGCAGGUAUAAAGCCAACUUCCACUACUUUUGCCAGCAUCCUCCCUGCUUGUGCCAAAAUGGGAGCUUUGGAACAGGGCAUGGACAUCCAUCAAAGCAUAAAUGAUAGAAGAAUUUUAUCAGAUGUUGUAGUUGCAACUGCUCUGAUAGACAUGUACGCAAAAUGCGGAAACAUGGAUAAGGCAUGUGAACUGUUUGACAAAAUGCCUCAAAGAAAUGUUGUUUCAUGGAAUGUCAUGAUUGCAGGAUAUGCACAAAAUGGGUUUGGUGAAAAGGCUCUAGAAACUUUCAAGAAAAUGCCAAUGGCAGGUGUAAAACCAAAUUCCACAACCUUUGCCAGCAUCCUCUCUACCUGUGCGAAAAUGGGAGCUCUAGAACAGGGUAUGGACAUCCAUCAAAGCAUAAAAGAAAGAGAAAUAUUGUCAAAUGUUGUAGUUGCAACCGCCUUGGUAGACAUGUAUGCAAAAUGUGGAAGCAUUGACAAGGCACAUGAACUGUUUCACAGAAUGCCUCAAAGAAAUGUAGUCACAUGGAAUGCCAUGAUUGCAGGAUACACACAGAAUGGAUUUGUUGAAAAGGCUUUAGAAACUUUCAAGCAAAUGCAAUUGGCAGGUGUGAAGUCAAAUUCCACAACCUUUGCCAGCAUCCUUCCUGCGUGUGCUGAAAUGGGAGCUUUGGAACAGGGAAUGGACAUCCAUCAAAGCAUUAAGGAUAGAGAAAUAUUGUCAGAUGUUGCAGUUGCAACUGCCUUGGUACACAUGUAUGCAAAAUGUGGAAGCAUCGACAAAGCAUGCGAAGUGUUUGACAGAAUGCCUCAAAGAAGUGUGAUCUCAUGGAAUGCCAUGAUUGCAGGAUAUACUCAAACUGGAUUUGUUGAAAAGGCUUUAGAAACUUUCAAGCAAAUGCAAUUGGAAGGUGUAAAGCCAAAUUCUACAACCUUUGCCAGCAUCCUCCUUGCCUGUGCCAAAAUGGGAGCUUUGGAACAGGGUAUGGACAUCCAUCAAAGCAUAAAGGAUAGAGGAAUUUUGUCAGAUGUUGUAGUUGCCACUGCCCUCGUUGACAUGUAUGCAAAGUGUGGAAGCAUAGACAAAGCACAUGACCUAUUUGACAAAAUGCCUCAAAGAAAUGUGGUCUCAUGGAAUGCCAUGAUUGAAGCAUAUGUACAACAUGGAUUUGUUGAAAUGGCUUUAGAAACUUUCAAGCAAAUGCAAUUGGCAGGUGUAAAGCCAAAUUCUACAACCUUUGCCAGCAUCUUCCAUGCCUGUGCCAAAAUGGGAGCUUUGGAACAGGGCAUGUACAUCCAUCAAAACAUAAAGGAUCGAAACUUUUUGUCAGAUGUUGUAGUUGCAACUGCCCUGGUUGACAUGUAUGCAAAAUGUGGAAGCAUAGACAAGGCAUUUGAAUUGUUUGACAGAAUGCCUCAAAGAAAUGUGGUUUCAUGGACUGCAAUGAUUGCAGGAUAUGUACAAAAUGGAUUAGUUGAAAAGGCUUUAGAAACUUUCAAGCAAAUGCAAUUGGCAGGCAUAAAGCCAAAUUCCACAACAUUCGCCAGCAUCCUCCCUGCCUGUGCCAAAAUGGGAGCUUUGGAGCAGGGUAUGGAUAUCCAUCAAAGCAUAAUGGUUGGGGGAUUUUAUUCAGAUAUUAUAGUUGGAAAUGCUCUGGUAGACAUGUAUGCAAAAUGUGGAAGCAUAGAAAAGGCAUGCAAACUGUUUAACAGAAUGCCUCAAAGAGAUGCCAUCUCAUGGAAUGCAAUGAUUGCAGGAUAUGCUCAAAAUGGAUUUUUCAAGGAUGCUUUCAAAAUCUUUGAAUUAAUGAAACACUCUGGAACAUGUCCUGACAUUGUAAGCUUUGCUUGUGUUUUACGUGCAUGCAGCCAUGCAGGUUUAGUGGAUGAAGGCUGUACAUACUUCAAUCACAUGAGUAACACUUACUAUAUUACACCUACAAUUGAUCAUUAUGUGUGCAUGGUUGACCUUCUUGCCCGUGCUGGCUAUCUUGAGGACACCCUAAACUUUAUCAUUAAGAUGCCAAUUAAACCUGUGGUCGUUGUGUGGAUGUGUUUUCUUGGUGCCUGUAGAGAACAUAUGAAUUUAGGCUUAGGAAUAUUUACAGCGAUGCUGCUUUUUGAUUUGGAUUCUAAAAAUGUUGCAACUUAUGUUCUUCUCUCAAACAUCUAUGCAGAAGUGGGCAGAAGGGAUGAGAUUCAAAUGAUAAGGAGAUUGAUGAAAGAUAGAGGAAUUAAAAAGAUCCCUGGAUGUAGUUGGAUUGAAAGCCAUAAAGUAGUACAUGCUUUUUGUGUAGGAGACAGAUCACAUCUAUAGACACAGGAGAUCAGUGUAAACUUGGAGAAUAUGCCUUGGGAAAUGAAGGGAGCGGGGUAUUUUCCAGAUUCUAGACUUUUACACCAUGAUAUGAAAAAGGAGGAAAAAGAACUAUUUCUCUGCCACCACAGUGAAAAAUUGGCAAUUGCAUUUUGUUUGUUAAAAGUGCCUCCUGGAACAACUAUUUACUGAUUGCCACACUGCUACCAAAUUUAUCUCCAAGAUGGUUGGAGAUGAAACUGUUGUGAUGCGAACCGUUCCCAUCGUUUUAAACAGGGACAACGUUUAUGCAGCGACUGUUGGUGAUGCUAAAUGAUGCAAUCUGAAAAAUAGGCUUUCAUUAUAAUAACGUGCACCAUGUUAAACCUGCAGUAAUAAUGAAGGAGCAAGUUUUUAAAAGUUAUUUUUGUUUUGUUUUGUGCAUUUGGCUGAGAGUGAUGCAGAUGACUGCUUAUAUGUGCUGUUGAGAGAUCUACGAAAGACCUGUUUUAUGAUAAUAUGGAUGUUUCGUUGAAUUGUUUUCAUUAAAUUUGCAUAUUUAUAAAUUGAAAAGCUAUAGGAGGAGGAGGCGAUGGAGAAUGGGGAAAAACAAAACAUCAAGAACACCAAAGAUACUUGACAAGCAGGAAAUGGGCAAGGAAGCUCACAAUUACCCUUGUCAUUUUGUAUAGUAGAGGGGUCACAAUUACCGUUGCCAUUUUGUAUAGUUCUUCUCUUUGGAUUGAUUGUAUUAUCAGUUGCCUAUGUCAACUUGACCAUUUGAAAUUAAAUUACACA